CACACGGCUUGGUGUAAUCCUACAUCAGUGAAAUAGUUGUUGAUGGGAAAAUGCUCACUGAUGGUGUCCUGAACACCACGUCAUUGUGCGCAGCCUUUAGGACACCAAGCUCCGCCCCCUCCAGGCUGCGAGGUGAGGAGGAGAUGAUUUCAUCCUCCAACAACGUCAACAACAACAACAGCGGCGGCAAGGAGGACCGGAAGGAGAAUCAUGUCGUCCGCGGCUGGAGGAGGAAGGAGAAGCGCGGAGACAGCUGCUCUCCUCCCUCCUCUUCCUCCUCCCUCCUCUUCCUCGCGUCUUCCGCCCUGCAGGCCCAGCGUCUUCCCGACAACACCACCUUGCACCUCCCACGCACUCCCGACAACACCACCUUGCACCUCCCACACACUCCCGACAACACCACCUUGCACCUCCCACACACUCCCGACAACACCACCUUGCACCUCCCACACACUCCCGACAACACCACCUUGCACCUCCGACACACUCCCGACAACACCACCCUGCACCUCCCACACACUCCCGACAACACCACCUUGCACCUCCCACACACUCCCGACAACACCACCUUGCACCUCCCACACACUCCCGACAACACCACCUUGCACCUCCGACACCAGCUCUGCGGGAAAAGCGCACUGGAUUACGGCGUGAGGAGCAGCGGAGGAGGAGAGGGAGGAGGAGGAGGAGGAGGAGGAGGAGGAGGAGAGGUGGUGAGGAGGCCGCAUGACGACUCCAAAGAUAAGGUGGAGCCCAUGUUCACUCCCACGCCCCCCCUGCCCCCGCCCGCCGCCCUCUGCCCUCCGACGCCGCCCUCCUGUCCCCGAGCCAAGCCGAGGACCAGGUCCGUGGGCACCGACACGCAGGACGCCGGCGCCACCUCCGGGCCGGACGGGGACUGGGACUCGGCGGGCCCCUGUCAGCCCGGGACCAGCAUCAACCUGGAGGGCAUGGUGUGGCACGAGACGGAAGAAGGUGUGUUGGUGGUCAACGUGAGGUGGAGGAAGAGGACCUACGUGGGAACGCUGCUGGACUGCACCAAACAUGACUGGGCUCCUCCCAGGUUUUGUGAGUCUCCAUCCAGCGAUCCAGAGAUGCCAUGUGGGCGUGGCCGUGGGAAAAGGAUGCGGCUUGCAAUGGCGGAGCGUCCCUGCGUCGAGGUCGCCCCUGCGGUAAAAGUCCGGGGUCUUCCGCAGCACCGGAGCCGGGGUGGCGGCAUGGCGGCCUCACCCGUCCACAGCAAGGGUCGCCGAGGCAGCUUGAAGCUCAUCAGCAACUGUCGGACUUCUCCGUCUUUCUUUACAAUGGAGGGCGGUAACGCUGCUAACGGCGCCGCCGUCCUCCUGUCUGGAAAGAGAAAGAUCAAGUUGCCGGCUGAUCUGGACCUCAGUUUGGUUUCCUCGGACAACAUUACGAAUGGGAAUGGGAAGAGGAUUCGAGCAAAGUCCCGCAGCGCCCCCUCCACACCUCAAGGCAAGUCCGACCCCUCGUUUAUGGACCCGGAGAGAGGUGGCACCUCCUCGCCACCUCCGCUACCCAUUCUCAUCGACUGCCCCCACCCCAACUGCACUAAACGCUACAAGCACAUCAACGGGCUGCGCUACCACCAGACGCACGCUCACCUGGAAGCGGAGGAGCCGCGGAAGCCGUAUCGGGACCACGUGAAGGACAGUGAGAGUGAGGAAAGAUUGUCAGACUGUGAGGAAUCCGUCAGUCACAUGACGUAUGACCUCUCGGAGGCAAACAACAGCCUGACUAAAAAAGCAGCACCCUUGUACAAGGUGACCACUGUGGGUUCACCCAAGAAUAGACGGCUGCUCCUCAGUACAGACCACAGUUCUCCUUUUAUCUCUAAAACCAGGAGAAGCUCACUGCUCAAAGACGGGCUGAUUGACGACCUCAGCAACCUGCCCAUCAUCUCCAACAUGACAGUCGUACUGGAGAACUGCAUGGUUGCAGACAGGAGCUCCGCAAUAGAGAUGCCCAAGCUGGAAGCUGAAGGUCUGAUUGACAAGAAGGUUCUUUGUGACAAGAACAAAACAGCUAACGGGAAAGUGGAGAAAUUGUCCAAGUCUCGCACCAACCGGCAAAUUGCCCCAGCACCCGCCCCCCCCAAGCUAAUCGCUAUACCCAAUGCGUCGUAUCCUGGGGUCCCUGCAGAUGCUGCUACCUCCCAGCAGCCUUCAACCAUUGCAGAAGUGGUUCUGAGCAGUAAGAAUGUGUCCCUGAAGGCCAUCAAACCAAAGCUCAGCAUCGUCAUGGAGCCCAGCCUUGUCAAAGACAGGCUGCUUGGCUGCAAAGAAACCAGGAAGACGGAGAAGAGGAGGCUGAAAGACAAACACGGCAGGGAUGCACCCACGAGAUUGCCUCAUGGCGAUGACAGCGGGAUCAAAAUAGAAGACGGCACCGCCAAAAUAAGUGCAAAGGAGAUCUGUGGGAGCCUCCUGAAGGAGCACCUGAGCAAGCAGGAAGUGAUGAACGGCUUCAGCGAGAGUCAGGAGAGCAGGAUGGCAAGCAUCCGUGCUGAGGCCGACAAGGUGUACACCUUCACGGACAACGCUCCCAGUCCAUCCAUCGGCUGUUCAUCGCGGCUGGAUGCCGGCGGAAGUUGUCUGCCGACGUCCGACAGCAAGACCAACAGCCCCGCCUACUCGGACAUCUCUGAUGCCGGUGAGGAUGGCGUGUCCUCUGAAAGUCGCUUGGAUGCAAUCAGAUCCAAGUCUGUUUCUACUGCUGAGCUCAACGCUACCAGUAACCAUAGCAACGCCAGACGGACACCCCCUGCAGGACCGGGCCCCUCCUUGAAAGAGCCCCAGUCCCCAUACUACCACAGCUUUGAGCCUUACUUCCUGCCGGGUUACGUCCAGGCCGACAGGCAUCACGAUGCUAAAAGUAAAGAGGAGGACAAUGACUCCCCCCGGGACUUUUCUGACUGUAAAACAGGUGAAGGGUCAGCUCCGUCUCAGCUCCAGCUGGCCAUGAGUCAGACGCAGACCGCCUUGGCCCAAUCUCUGUACUAUGGACAGUACUCGCGAGGACUUUACAUGGACCAGAAACUCUUACUGGCCACUAAAUGCUGUGAGCAGAAGAGGGGACAUGGGGGACGAGAGGGCGAGGAUGUCAAACAUCUGGGUGGUACCUCGUCCAGUGAAGUAAAAUGUCCAGAAGGGGCAAAAGGGUGCUGUCCAAAAGCCAUCCUGACUUAUUUGGAGGUGAAUGAGCAGGGAGAAAGGGGUCUGGCCGUGAAGGUGGUCUCAACCAAAGACUGUGAUGACAUCCAUUCAGCGUCCACAAUGUCCCAACAUAACCACAACAGUCACAGUGAGCUGGACUCAAACCUUUCCUACUCCAGUCCCUCAGACGGCCCGACGUGGGCUCAGCCCAUGGUUCACAGCAAAUACUCGGAGCUGCAGAGUCCACUUGGAGAGGGAGCCAAUGAAGAGGACGCAGAAAGAUCCAAAGAAAGAGGGACCACCAUGGAAGCUGCUGGGCCCAUGUCUCCCAUGGCGAGAGGAGGCGGCGGCGGCGGCUAUGAUGCUAAAAAACCCAUAGUCCCUGGAUCGCAAGAUGUUACACUCGUCGACUCAGAGGACUCGGAUGGCCUAGACGGGCUGCAGGAGCCGGUGGGGACCCUAUUGGGGGAGUCCCAGAGUGCCCGGGUGGCAAUCUCUCCUCCCUUGACCCCCCAGCAGCCCUACAUGCAGUACCAGCACUCCUCGUACCCGCCCUACUUGGCCAUGUGUGAGAGCGACGAGGGCUCCUACCGAGGGGUGUCUCCCACCCUGGUCCACAAUUACACUGGUUUCCCCUACCCUCUGUACGGUAAAACGGCGGGCAGAGAAGAGUCAGAGGUGACUCUGCCUUGCAGAGGAGGCGUGGUUAGUGGCAAACAGGGCAGGGACUCAUCCUCCUCUUCCACCAUGGAGCUGCUGAAGCAAUGCCACCAGUUCCACGGGAAGUCGCCCGCUGCUGGAGAAAAAUGUUCCCCUGAGGUGGAACAUGGGAUGGACCGCGAGAGGAGCCGUGUGUCGUUGGGUCGCCAUCUGCACACACACCAUCACACACACCUUGGCGUCAGUUACAACCUGCUGUCUGGACAGUACAACAUUUACCCAGGUCUGAGCUCCAGGUCGCUGGUGUCGGGUCAGCAGGCGUCAGGACGCUCCUCAGCUGACAGCGACGUGAAGAAGUAGGACCAUGACCUGACCACGGGCAGGUUCCAUGGUGUGAAAGAAGUAGGACCAUGACCUGACCACGGGCAGGUUCCAUGGUGUGAAAGAAGUAGGACCAUGACCUGACCACGGGCAGGUUCCAUGGUGUGAAAGAAGUAGGACCAUGACCUGACCACGGGCAGGUUCCAUGGUGUGAGAGAAGUAGGACCAUGACCUGACCACGGGCAGGUUCCAUGGUGUGAAAGAAGUAGGACCAUGACCUGACCACGGGCAGGUUCCAUGGUGUGAAAGAAGUAGGACCAUGACCUGACCACGGGCAGGUUCCAUGGUGUGAAAGAAGUAGGACCAUGACCUGACCACGGGCAGGUUCCAUGGUGUGAAAGAAGUAGGACCAUGACCUGACCACGGGCAGGUUCCAUGGUGUGAAAGAAGUAGGACCAUGACCUGACCACGGGCAGGUUCCAUGGUGUGAGAGAAGUAGGACCAUGACCUGACCACGGGCAGGUUCCAUGGUGUGAAAGAAGUAGGACCAUGACCUGACCACGGGCAGGUUCCAUGGUGUGAAAGAAGUAGGACCAUGACCUGACCACGGGCAGGUUCCAUGGUGUGAAAGAAGUAGGACCAUGACCUGACCACGGGCAGGUUCCAUGGUGUGAAAGAAGUAGGACCAUGACCUGACCACGGGCAGGUUCCAUGGUGUGAAAGAAGUAGGACCAUGACCUGACCACGGGCAGGUUCCAUGGUGUGAAAGAAGUAGGACCAUGACCUGACCACGGGCAGGUUCCAUGGUGUGAAAGAAGUAGGACCAUGACCUGACCACGGGCAGGUUCCAUGGUGUCAACUUCACCUCGCUGAGAGGCAGAGGACAAAAACAAGUGUCAGUAGCGCCACCUAGAGUGCGUGGUCACUACAGGCUCAGGACAGGAAGUGGAGCUUUUGGGAGGAGGAGUCAGUGUACAAAGGAGUGAAAGAUGUGAUGUUUCCAGAAGGUUCUGACUGAAUGUAGUACAGAUGAGCCACAUUAUUCUAUGGUCCAGUAACUUUGCAAUGUUGUCUAGUCUUUGUGUCAGCGUAGUAACUUGGUUGUCACUCUCAUGAGCACAUUCCACUUCCUGGGGCGGCCAUGAGCACGUUCCACUUCCUGGGGCGGCCAUGAGCACAUUCCACUUCCUGGGGCGACCAUGAGCACAUUCCACUUCCUGGGGCGACCAUUCCAUCCUUCAUUCAACACAAUCCUCAUUCAAAGCAAAGCCAUUCUCCCAAGAUAUGAAUUGGGAUAAUAAUUACAUGACACUUUUUCAAAACAGGUUGCAGGUUAGAAAAGCUCCUUCUGGUUUCACGGAGAUAGACUAAAACGGUCUUUUAUAAAACGUUUCUUAUUAAAAAAAAAUAUAUUAUUUAUUUAUUCAAAAAUGUUAAAUUGAUUGUUGAAAAAUGGUGAAGAUUUGAUUCAGAAUUGAUUCUUUAUUUAACACAAUCGUCAAUUCAAACCAAUUCUAGCGAUUUAUUAUUUGGUGAUAUUUUGCGUGGUGAUGGCCUGAAGACAACUCUUUUCUAAUUGUUUCUCAUUAAAAAUGAUAAAAUUACAACAUAUUUAUAAUUGUUUUGAUACAUCUUUAAAACCUUUUUAAAAUUUGGACCAGAAUCCAUUGUCGGUUCAAACCAGUUCUCGUAAAUCAAUUUUUGAAAAGGAUCAAUCACUUCAGAACCUGCGUGAAUAAGAAUUGUGUUUGGCACAUGAAUGGAUGAGGAAGUGGGGCCCCUCUCAUGCUGCUGUGGAUACUGGCCACACACACACACACACACACACACACACACACUCACACACACACACGCACGCACACACACACACACACACACACACACA